GUCAUGGAUCAUGGCAAUGCGCUGCGACUGACUCUGUGUCAUGGCAUCAGCUUCAGCUUACUCACAAGACGUGCUCAUGAGACGUGCUCAAGACGUGCAUUGGGCUGCUUGUGCUGGCAUGCUCAGGCUUGACUCUUGAGCAUCUUGUGGACAUCGGAGGCUGUGCAAAGUUCUCUCCUGCCAGUGCAAGAGGGCUGGAGGGCUGCAGCCAGGGUCCUGGAGCACUUUUCAACUCUGAGUGAUCAUGGGUUUAGAUUCGAGCACCUCGGCGCGCUAUGUAGCAGUCGAUAAUCAGCUCAAUCUAUGCACCAUUACAUUGUAAUGGGCAUAAAUUUCCAACCUGACCGUCACGAAAAGCAGAAGAGUUCAGCUGCAGUGCACCGCUGCAAAGGUUUACAACCAGCUGCUUGCACAAUCUGCUUGGUUAUUCCAUAGGGAAAGAGAAGGAAGCAGAGAUAGUCCUUGAAGAGGUGACCGGAUCCUUGGAGAUAAUUGCUUUUGCCUUGCUUCCUCGGCUUUGCCCUUUGAGACACUGCGUGCAUCCAAAAUGGGGGAGUUGCAGCAGAUCGUUGACAAGCUCAACCAAGCCCCAUUCGACUUGGCGCUGUCGUUGGUUUCUUUUAGCCAAAAGUCACCUCAGGAGCUGAGAGAGCUGCUGAACGAUGUCCUUGCCACCAUUGAUAACAGACAGCGGCGUGAGUUGCGGGAUGAGACGCCAGAUGUCACCACCGCGCGGCACCUCGACCUGCUGAGGGUGCUCAAGUAUAAAGUCAGUACCGAUGGGGCCACCUUCCGACAGGGUAUGCUCGACGCAGACCCGCUUACUGUCUAUCCUCUGCUACUGUGGCUCCUCAACCAGCUUCCCCUACUCCAAAAACGCGCCUACCUGGCUCAAUUCCUGGUGGACGAGCCCAUCCCCGAGGAGCUGUUUCUCGAUCCUGAGAUCCAGGACACGCACGCGCUGGUCAAAGAGCUCCAAGAGCAGUUCAAGGAGGUGCAUAAGGCGGUGGACCAGAGCCGCAAAACGCAGCGGGACCCCCGCAGCCUGAAAGCCCAGCUGGCGGGGCUCGAGGGAGAAAAGGAGCAGCUGGGGGGGCGGGUGGAAAGGGUUAAGGAGAAGACCAAGAAUGUUGCUGGGGUGGAUGCCUUCCUGGAGGUCGCCUCGUUGCUGCGGAGGCAGCAGGAAGAAGCGGGAGCGCUGGCGCAGAGCUUGGCCCAGCAACAGGACGUCUUGGACGCUGCCGGACAGAAGGAGGCGCGCGCGCUCGCCAAGCUCCGCGACGCGCACGCGCGCGCCGCGAGCGGCGCCGGCCCGGCGGCCCUGCUGGCGGCCCUGGCGGAAGAAACGAGCCUGGCGCGGUACGGCGCGCAGGAGCGGCUACCAAAGGAAAUUGCGGCGCGGCGGGAACGGUUGCAGGCGGUACAGACCGUGCUGAACGAACCGGUCAGCUCGGAGCAGGACCUGGCGGCCAUGCAGGCUGAGCUCCGGGCCCUUCAAACCGAUGUAAACGCGCUCACGGAGCGGCGAGACGCACGCGAGGCGACCGGGCAAGACGCGGUGCUGCGUCAGCAGCAGCAGAUGGCAGCCAUCGUGGCGCGCAAGAAGGACGCCACGUGGCAGAAGCUGGAGGAGUUGAACGCGAGGCGGAGUGAGGUGGCGCAAGAGCUGGGGCAGAAGCAGGCGGCGGCGGCGUCGGGGUCGGGGCGCGUUCUCAAGGGCGAAGAGUUCAAGCGCUACGCAGCGUCCCUGCGCAGCAAGAACGCGACGUAUAAGCGGCUCAAGAAGGAGCUGGACGACCGGACGGCCGAGUUUGGCGUCCUCAUGCGGACGCAGCAGAUCCUGCAGGAGCAGGCCGCGGGCCUGCGGGAGGCGAUCGAAGACGCGGAGAAACAGGGCGGCAUGGCGCGCAAAACCUCUCAAACCUCGGCGACGCUCGCGGCCAGCGACGACCACAGCCCGGAGGGGCUCUCCCGCGCGCUGGCGCGCGUGAAUGACGCCAUCAAGGAGCGGAAGGCCGCGCUGGCGCCACGUGUCAAGGACCUGCGCGCGCUGCGUACGAGCCUGCAGGAGGCGGAGGAGGAGCAUGGGGCGCGGAAAAAGAAGUUCGAGGAGGGGGCGAUGGUUUUGGACGGCCAGCGGAACAAGUUCGAAGCGGAAGUUGAGCGCGAGCGGGCGGACCUGCAGAGGCAGGAGAAGCGGGCCAAGGAACUGGCGGAGGAAGCGGCGACUGUGGAGACCAACAUCAAGAGGGUUGUCGAGGACGGAGCCGGCUUCGUGGAGCGGUACAAGAAAGACCUGGCCGCGCAGGAGGAGCUGGCCAAGACGCUGCAGGAACGGCAGCGGAGGCUCAAGGACCAAGAGCGAUCCGCCCAGAGCCAGAAGGUCAUGGUGUCCGACCUGCGGACGCUUUUGCAAGUGAAGCUCAGGCUGGCGUCCGGCAGUGCCACGUGGGCGGCGUCCGGCGGAGCGCCGGCGCACGCCUUCAAAAGCGUCGAAGUUGUCGACAAGGGAGGAGCCAACCGUCUUGUUAUUGGCGCAUCGGACUGAAUGAGAGAACUUCGAGAACGCAUCAGUGAGGACUUCUGUCAAGGAGACGACGGUUGUUGCCGUUUUGUGACCGC